AUGGAUCACACUGCCUUCAACAUUUCCCCAGUGCUUAUUGAACUCUGCCUUUGCUAUGUGCAGAAAGAAAGUAUAGCUGAACAGAUACAGCAAAUCAUGGAGCUUGAAAAUCUUGAAGAGGCACGGAGAUGGAGAAUCCAAGCCGAGGCAAAUGAUGAGGCAGAAAGACUUCUCAGUUCUGAAGCCAUACCCACAGAACAGAUUGUAGACCGAUAA